AUGACGAUUACAGUGGGUGUUCUCGCCCUCCAAGGUGCUUUUCAUGAGCACUUGAAACUGCUCCAUGCGGCUGCAGACAGACUAGCCGCCCAAAAUACCCAGCAAUGGCGCUUUAUUGAAGUCAGAACCGAAGCGCAACUUGAGACCUGCGAUGCUUUGAUUAUCCCUGGCGGUGAGAGCACUGCUAUAUCGCUAGUAGCUGCUCGCUCAAAUUUGCUAGAGCCGUUGAGAGGGUUUGUUAAGAUUCACCGAAAGCCGACAUGGGGAACAUGUGCAGGCCUAAUUCUCCUAGCUGAAUCGGCGAACAGGACUAAACAAGGUGGGCAGGAACUCAUUGGUGGGCUGGAUGUGCGCGUAAACCGAAAUCAUUUUGGCCGCCAAACCGAGAGUUUCCAAGCUGACCUCGAAUUGCCGUUCUUAACAUGCCAAGACAAUGGCGAGCCAUCCCAACCAUUCCGGGGGGUAUUCAUUCGAGCGCCGGUGGUAGAGAAGAUCCUUCGCUUCAGUGACUCCUUACAAGUUGAGGAACAGCAGAAGCAAGGGACCGUCGUUGCGCCUUCAAGACAACCAGAAAAUAUCGCUGCCCUGGAAGCUAUGAGCGAUCAUGUCGAUGUUCUCGCGAAGCUAGCGGGAAGAGUGGCUAGGUUGGCAGAUAACGGUAUUCAUGUUGCGACUGACCCUGAAGCUGGUGAUAUUGUUGCAGUUAAACAGGGAAACGUCUUUGGGACAAGUUUCCACCCAGAGCUGACCGAUGAUCCCAGGAUUCAUAUGUGGUGGCUUCAGCAGGUUAAGUCCGCAACCCAGAAAGCAGAAGGGGCUGGAGGAGCACAGAAAGAAAACAAUUUAGCAUAUCGGUAG